AUGGCAUCACGGGUUGGAUCUACAAGCUAUGAUGUGUUUAUCAAUUUCAGAGGUGAAGAUACCCGCAAUAACUGCGUCGGUCACCUUUACAUGGCUCUCAAGGAUCGUGGAAUUGAUGCUUUCAUUGACAGCAAAGAUCUGUGGAAAGGAGAAAAUAUUUGGCGGAAGCUUGUAGAAGCACUAGAAGUCUCCGACUUCUCGAUUGCUGUCUUGUCUGAGAGAUACACAGAAAGCAAAUGGUGCCUCGAGGAGCUCGCUCAGAUGCUAGAAUGUCAUAGAACCAACAAUCAAAUCAUUUUUCCCAUCUUCUUCAAGGUUAAGACUUCGGACGUUAAGAAUCAGACUGGAUGUUUUCAGAUUUCUCCUCAGAGACAUGGUAAGGAGGUUCCCGAAACCCUCCGGAGAUGGAAGGACGCCUUGCGACUGGUGGGAGAUAAGAGUGGAUGGGUUUUUGAGGAUGGGGAUGAUCAAUCAGAGUUAGUCAAGCAAGUUGUUCAAAACGUUUGGAGCCGAUUGAACGCGGUCCCCUUGGAUGAAGUUAAACACCCUGUUGGAUUAGAAUCCCGUGUAAAAUCUGUGAUAUCUUUACUAUCAAAUACCAGUUCUAAGGAUGUUCAGUUUCUAGGGAUAUGUGGUCCGGGUGGCAUUGGAAAGACAGCCAUUGCGGUAGCUGUAUACAAACGUAUCUUUAGAAACUUUAGUAAGAGUUUAUAUCUUGAAAAUGUUAGUGAGAGAGCAUCAGAACCCAAUGGGAUAGUUCAUUUGCAAAAAAUACUUCUUGAAAGGAUCUCUGGGAAGAAAAUAAAAAUAUGCAGUUCUAAAGAAGGAUCAAGUUUGAUUAAAAAAAGAUUUGAAAAAACAGAUAGUCUUCUCAUUCUUGACGAUGUGGGAGAUUAUACCCAAUUAAAAGCAUUGGCUGGUGAUCUCUAUUGGUUUGGUCCGGGAAGUAAAAUAAUCAUAACAACUAGAGAUCAUAGCCUUCUAAGGGAAGCUCCUGAAGAUAAUAGAAAAAUAUAUGAGCCUGAAGAAUUGAAUGAGAAAGAAGGUCUUCAACUCUUCAGUUCCUAUGCUUUUUCAGCAGACCAGCCUCCUAAUGAUUAUAUGCAGCUUUCAGUUGAUAUGGCAAGCACUACAGGAGGGUUGCCCUUAGCCUUGGAGGUUUUGGGUUCUGAUUUAUCUGUAAACAAAAACAAAGAAGUAUGGAAAAGCAUGCUUCGGUUGUGGGAGCAAAUUCCUCAUGAUAAGGUCUAUGGAAAGUUAAAGAUAAGUUAUGAUAAUCUGCAAAAUGAUAUUCAGAAAGCCAUGUUUUUCGAUGCCGCAUGCUUUUUCAUAGGAUGGGAGGAAGAAAACAUAAUUUCCAUAUGGGAAGCUUGUGGCUUUGAAGAACCAAGAUGCCAUAUAGAAGUUCUCAAGAGAAAAUCCCUCUUCAAGAUUAAUGAAUCAAAAGAGUUGUAG